AUGGCACAGUCAGUUCGGGACAGAGAGUACAAGGCAGUGGACAUCUCUGUGGUGGAGCAUGGUGAACCAGCUACAAAGCGUCGACGGACACAGUACUACUCUCCAUUCGAACAAUUCAAGGAUGAGGCCUGGAUACGUCCAAGCGAAGAACGGGACUCUGAUGAGACGGAAGAUGAGCAUAGCAGGUGGAAGGACCAGUUACCAACGGAUGGCGACGUUCGGGACCCGCGGGCUUAUUGGCACGCGCAGCGGUUCAAGUACCCCAGACUCUCGCGAAUGGCACUGGACUUCGUGAUAGUUCAGGCGAUGAGCGCGGAAUGUGAGAGAUUAUUUUCGGCGGCAGGCCGCAUGGUGACGCCUCUUCGGAAUCAGCUGGAAGCAAGCACGAUUGUUAUCUGUCAGGUGCUGCGGUCAUGGCUGCAGGCAGGCAUUAUGGAUAAAGGUGAUCCUAUACUGCUGGACAAAGCGGACGAAGCAGUGUUAGAGCAGGUAGCCGAGAGGGAAGGGUUGCUGGUUCUCAGCCUUUAA